AUGCACUUCACAAAGCUUUACCUGGCAGUCUCAUUAGCUGCCUCAGCUCUCGCUCUACCUACCAGCAUGCCGCACAAGAGGGCCCUGCAGUUCCGCCCAUAUGCCGACUUUCAAAUCUCGGACGGCAAGGCAGGCAAUGCUCUCAGUGAAGCUCAAGCAAAGUUCCCAAUCGACACAAACAAUUUGAAGGACGUCUCAGAUAGUGAUCUGGCCAUCAUCAAAGCCGCCCGGGAGACCGCGGAGGCAGCCGAGACCGAUGCAUUCAACGAUCAAAUUGAUGCUGCAAGCGGCGACGCUGCGACAGCACUGCAAAACGGCAAAAUCAAGAACAAGGUUCUGAAGCUGUUUCUUGAAGUGUCAACCCUGCAGAUUGAGCAGGCUCAAGGGGCUGACAACCAGGACAAGAUUGACGAGGAGCAGACGAAGCUGAACAACAAUAUUAGCUUGGACAAGAAGGCGGCUGGCCAAGCAAGCCAGGGAGUUGUGUUCACAGACGAUGUUGAGCCAGAUAACUAG